CAUAUUUUCCUCUCAGCAAAGCUUAUAAUUUUCUUUAGCACUUGCUUCAGUUUAUCAAACCAAUAAAUAUGCAGGAAAGUCCUUCCAAAACAGAUCAUGGAACUUGUGCAGAAAUUGGUGAUGGUUUGUUAAGGAUAUCUUCUAUCAACCUUAGGCCAUUGGAUCUUUCUGACAUAGAUACUUUCAUGGUAUGGGCCACAGACAUAAAAGUGCCUAGUUUUUGCACUUGGGAACCUUUCACAAGCAAAGAAGAUGGCAUAAACUACAUCAGGGAUAAGGUGAUCCCACACCCCUGGUUCAGGGGAAUCUGCAUAGACAACAACCCAGUAGGCUAUGUUUUGGUGACUCCGAAUUCGGGCAAUGAUCAAUGUAGAGGAGAGCUUGGCUAUGGUCUGGGUUCCAAGUAUUGGGGUAAAGGAAUUGCAACUGUGGCUGUGAAACUAGUUGCUGAUACCAUAUUCAAAGAAUGGCCACAUUUGGAGAGACUUGAAGCUUUGGUAGAUGUGGAAAACAUAGGCUCUCAAAGGGUUCUUGAGAAAGCUGGGUUUCAAAGAGAAGGGAUUCUUAGAAAGUACUUUUUGCUCAAGGGAAAUUGUAGAGAUAUGAUAAUGUUUAGUUUUCUUUCUACUGAUUCCAUUACUUUAUUAUAGUUUCUUCAAUGAUGUCUUUCUUUCUAUUUAAGUUUAACAUUUGGUUUAUAAUAAAGAAUAGUUAUUCAUGGACAA